UUGGGACGUUUUGUAGUUUCUGUUCUUAGGAAUUUGAAAGAUGUAGCUUAUCAGAGAGUUUAUGUUUUUUCUUGAUGUUUCCAAAUUUGUGUAAUUUUUAGUUUGAUUUUGUAAGUUCUCUUAAUGGAUUUUCUAUCUUUCUACUUGAAUUGUUUGUAGUUAAAUGGUGUGUUUCUGGGUUUGUUCCUUUUGAUUUUGUUGUUAUUGAAGAUUACAUUGGUUCAGUGUGUAAAGAGUAAACUAUUAUUUUUUUGCUCAAAUUUUGGAUAUGACUUGGUACCGUUUUAUUGAUUCAUUGGGUGGUUUUCCUUAUAAAUUUCUAAUUGGGUUGAUUUUUUUUUAUGGAUUUCAUAUUCCUUUUAUUAUAUAUCUUUUUUUAGAAGGAACUUGUUGGAUUUGGCUUGUUGUGAACUUAAAUUUUUAUUCUUCUACACAUGUAUUUAGUAUCUCCUUGCAUUUUUUCCUCCAUAUUAUUGGCUUUUUUUCCCAUUUAUUAUAGUUUCGGUUUUUGUUUCUUGUUGGAAAUAGAAUUAGCUACUUGGGCUUUCUAGAAGUUUCAUCAUACCCUAACCUUGAAUCCGUUAUGGAGAAUUUAUUGAUAGGGUCGUGAUUGACAAUGAUUAUUGUGAUAAUGCGACGGUAAUUCGGGUGGACAGUGUGAACAAGCAUGGGAUUCUCUUAGAAGUUAUUCAAUUCCUCACUGAUUUGAACCUGAUCAUCAUCAAAGCUUACAUAUCUUCAGAUGGGAGCUGGUUCAUGGAUGUUUUUAAUGUCACAGACCGAGAUGGGAAUAAAAUUUGGGACAAAGACAUCAUGUCAUAUAUAAAAACUUCCAUUGAGACAGAUGCAUACUUCUUCCCCUCCAUUCAAAGAAACUCGGUCGGGGUUAUGCCCUCCAAAGACUACACAGCAAUUGAGCUCACGGGCUCCGACAGGCCCGGACUGCUAUCAGAAGUCUGUGCAGUGCUUACCGAUCUCAAGUGCAACGUUGUCAAGGCUGAAGUGUGGACCCACAAUACACGUGCAGCAGCUGUGGUCCAUGUCACUAACGGGUCGACUGGGCUUGCGAUAGAGGAUCCAGUAACGCUUUCUAAGAUCAAGAAGCUCCUGUGCAACGUCUUAAAGGGAGAUGGUGAUUCUAGAACUGCAAAAUCUAUGGUUUCCAUGGGGAUCACGCACACUGAGAGACGUUUGCACCAGCUUAUGUUUGAUGAUAGGGACUUUGAGAAGGGUGUCAAUUUAGGAGAUAAGAAGUCUCGGCCUCAAGUGUCUGUUAUGGAUUGUUUUGAGAAGGAUUAUUCGGUGGUGAUUAUGAGAUCUAAGGAUCGGCCUAAGCUUCUUUUUGAUACUAUCUGUACGCUCACAGAUAUGCAGUAUGUGGUGUUUCAUGGAACAGUUGAUGCUGGAAGAGCAGAAGCUUACCAGGAGUAUUACAUUCGCCAUGUAGAUGGGCUUCCCGUAAGCUCAGAAGCUGAACGAGAGCGUGUGAUCCAAUGCCUUGAAGCAGCUAUCGAGCGAAGAGCCUCUGAGGGACUAGAGCUGGAACUGAGGACUGAAGACAGGGUUGGGCUUCUCUCAGACAUAACAAGGAUUUUCCGUGAGAAUGGAUUGAGCAUUAGAAGAGCAGAAAUCUCGACCAAAAAUGGAAAAGCAAUUGAUUCCUUUUAUGUAUCAGAGAUGUCGGGAAAUCCAGUGGGAGCUGAGACUAUUGAAUCUAUCCGACAACAGAUUGGGGAGACAGUUCUCAGGGUGAAGCAAAAUCCUUUCUCUACAUCAAAACCUCAAAGUGGCACUGGAUUCCUCUUUGGGAAUUUCUUCAAAGGGUGUUCUUUUCAGAGUUUUCGGUCGGUCAGGUCUUACUCUUAAAGAUUAUGAGUUAGUACAAUAUAAGGAAAUUACUAAGAUUAGAUACUGUACAGAGUUCUGAUAUACUGUAGAGGUAUUAAGCUCGGAUUCAUCACUUGCUGUAAAUCUGAUGAUGGGUGUUGGCAUUUAGCAUUAGAGUUACGUCGAUUACACACUUGUGAAUAUCUAGUGCUUGGGUUGUACAUAAUGUAAAUAUUUACGGCGCAAUCAAGGAAAUAUGAUGCUGGUUUGUGGUUCUCAA